AGCGCUGGUCUUCGGUCACAUGGUUCCGCAGCGUUUCCGUGUUUACAGCGGGCUGGUCUGAGAGUAGGGUUUACAGUUCCCAACGAUGGUGCGCAGCAGACAUGGCAUUUCUGAAGACAAAAGAGCGAUCUAAAGAAAGGUUCUCCCUGUUGCUGCUGGACCUCGAGGAAUACUAUUUUGAGCAGCACACAGCUCUGCAACUUGGUGCAAGCUCGACAAAGGACAGAAAGGUCAGAGGCUCAUUCAAGGUUUGCUCUAAAUCGCUCAUAUUUGAUCCUGAAGACUUUGCUGAGCCGAUAUUAAAGAUUCCUCUCAGGGAAUGUAAGAAGAUUGAGGUGGUGGACCAAAAUGAGAACCCCUUCGAGACAAAGCCACCGACCAUCUCUAUUCUAUGCAGACAGGCCAAUUAUAUGAAAGAAGACAAUGUCAUUGCGCCAUACAGAAUCGAAAGAGGUGAUAAAAGGUUCAACUUUGAACUGGAAGUUUGGAAUAAAACAGAAGAUGUUGUCCAAACAUUGCUACAGCUCCACAGGGCGUCCUGCCUAGUCAAACUGGGAGACCAGACAGCAAUGAUUGAGGCUAAUUUACAGUCAAGACUGGCGAGAUCGUCAUUUGACAAACACAGCUUCCAGAGCGUGUCAGAGGGCCCGCACAUGGAGUGCACUGCGGAGAUGGUCCUGCCUCUGGUGUCCAACCCCGGGCACGUCUGCAUCACGGACGAGGGCCUCUACUUCCAGCCCCUCAACGGAUACCCCGAACAGGUGAUUCAGAUCAAACUCCACGAAGUCCUGAGGAUCUACAAAAGGAGGCAUGGGCUCAGGCCACUGGGGCUGGAGGUGUUCUGUACAGAGAACGACUCCUGCUCUGACAUCUACCUGAAGUUCUACAACACAGCAGACCGAGACGAAGUCUACUACUACAUCGCCACAUUCUUGGAGAACCACUUGAUGGAGCACACGGCGGAGAGCUACAUGCUGCAGUGGCAGCGCGGGCACCUCAGCAAUUACCAGUACCUGCUCCACCUCAACAACCUGGCCGACCGCAGCUGCAACGACCUGUCCCAGUACCCCAUCCUGCCCUGGGUGCUGGCCGACUACACCAGCCCCCAUCUAGAUUUGACGAACUCGGCUACGUUCAGAGACCUGACCAAACCCAUCGGUGCUCUAAACAAAGAGAGACUGGAGCGCUUACUGGCCCGCUACAGAGGCAUGCCGGAGCCGUCCUUCAUGUACGGCAGUCACUACUCGUCCCCAGGCUACGUCCUCUUCUACCUGGUCAGAGUCGCUCCUGAGCACAUGCUGUCUCUGCAGAACGGACGCUACGACCACGCGGACAGGAUGUUUAACAGUAUCCACGAAACGUGGAAGAAUUGCCUUGAGGGUGCAACUGACUUCAAAGAGUUGAUUCCGGAGUUCUAUGGUGAUGAUCCUAGCUUCUUGGAGAACAAGUUUAGCAUCGAUCUGGGAAGGAGGCAGAACGGAAGCUCAAUCAACGAAGUCAACCUGCCGCCCUGGUCCUCAGACGCCAACGAUUUCCUCCAGAAACACAAGAUUGCGCUGGAGAGCCAGUACGUGUCGGAGAACCUCCACGAAUGGAUUGACCUGGUGUUUGGCUACAAGCAGCGUGGGUGUGAGGCUGUGGCAUCCCAUAAUGUGUUUCACCCGCUGACCUAUGAAGGUGGCAUCGAUUGUGACAGCAUCGACGACCCUGACCAGAGGAUCGCCAUGCUGACGCAGAUCCUGGAGUUCGGCCAGACCCCCACCCAGCUGUUCACCGUGCCCCACCCCCAGAGGAUCACCCCCCGCUUCCACAGCAUGACCCAGAGCUCCAGCACCUACUCCACGCUCAGCGACAUGUCGUCAGCCUGCUCCAGUGAGGAUACCUCGUUUGAGGACCUGACGGAGGAGAGCAGGAAGCUGGCCUGGGGGAACAUGGAGCAACUCGAGGUGCUCUCCACCCAUAAGAUACACAAAGAGGCGGUGACGGGAAUCGCUGUGACUCGAGACGGAGCAUCCAUUUUCGCCACAUCACAAGAUUCGACGAUAAAAAUGUUCUCUAAAGAGCUGAAAGAAUUCCAGAGAAGCAUGUCUUUCUCCAACAUGGCGUUGUCCUCAUGCCUGAUGCUCCCAGAUGACAACACCGUGGCUUGUUCAUCCUGGGACAACAACGUGUACUUUUACUCCAUACCUUACGGCAGGCGGCAAGACACACUGAUGGGUCACGAUGACGCCGUCAGUCAAAUGUGUUGGUACGGUGACCAACUGUACACCGCGUCCUGGGAUUCCACCGUCAAGGUUUGGCUGCGGGAUCCAGACAACCAAUCCCGGAGCAAGAGAUGCUCCUUAGAGCUGCUCUACGAGUUUGAACACGAGUCCGGGGUGAACGCCGUCGCUCUGAACGCCGCGGGCACCCUGCUGGUGACGGGGUGUAAGGGCGGCACGGUGUGCAUCUGGGACGCCGGUAGCUAUGGGUUACUGCAGCAGGUCCAGUGUCACUCGGGCACCAUCCACCACAUCUCCUUCAGUUCAGACAGCAGACACGUCCUGAGUACCGGGGUCGACUGCUGCCUCAAGGUCAUAGACGUCCAGACGGGCACCGUGAUGUCAUCAGUACGAGCCGAGGAGGAGAUGAGGUGCUUCUGUUGGGACGGGAACACCGUGCUGUCUGGCAGUCAGUCUGGUGACCUGCUGCUCUGGGAUCUGCUGAGCAACACACUCACCAAGCGCAUCCCUGCACACUCAGGAGCAGUGACGGCGAUGUGGAUGAACGAGCAGUGCAGCUCAGUGAUCACCGGUGGCGAAGACAGACAGAUCAUCUUCUGGAAGAUCGCCACAUAACCUGCCCCCUCUGCUGUGGUCCACCAAUCAGCUGCCGGGACAGAGCGUCGUGUCGUCUUCCAGACCAAUGGUAUUGGACGAGGUGGAGUCGACCCUGUAACGCUUUUAACGCUGCUGACCGUAAUGGCCGCAGCACUCUGCUUGCUCAUUUGCUGCCAGAAUGGAGCUUAGGACUUGCUGUGGCUCUCUGGUGCUCCUCAAGGGCGCUAUGUAGGAAACCAAAAAGAAUGUAUCCUUCAGUUUGUUUGCAGUCACCUGAUCCUGACUUUUUAGCCUACAGACUUGUUUCAGGGCUUUUAUAAUAGCUGGUGUUUGUUUGUUUGUUAUUUUCCAUCUCAGGCUUUUGGUUGUUGUUUUUUAAAUAGAUGUAGUUUAACUGUGUUGAUGUGGUGUUUUUGCUCUUAAUUUAAGAGUUUUUCUAUUUUAUUUCCUGUUUCCGGUUUAUCAAGUAUUUUCACAAACCACGACCACAACAGCAUAGUUGUGUGCAUCAUUUCAUGGAAGUUGAUUAGCUUGUACAAAAAAUAGAAAAGUAAGCCUAUUCAAAUACAUUAUAAAAAACUGAAUAAGAAAAAUACCUACCGGUAUAACUUUUAUUCCUACUCUAGCUACACACAUACACAAGGUGUAAUAAAUAUGAAAACUUUAACAAGCCACUAUACUGUCAAUAUCUAGUCGUAAACGUACUAUUGACUAUAAUGCCUACACACACUGCGUUGGUGUGUGAGUAUUAGUAUUAUUUUUGACCCGACAUAAAAAGGUAAAAAUGAUGAGACAUUAUGUGGUAACCCAGUCCUCGUUGUCGCCGGGUUCCACGUACAAAUCACAAGUUUCAGCGAGGGUUAAAGCCUCAUUCUGCAUUUAUUGCAUUUAUCUGAGACACAUACAUUUGUCCUUUGUCCAAGCCUCUGGUCGACGGAUAGUGGAAGGCGGCGGUAUACGCCGUCCACGCCCACUCCUCUGACCCGCCCGGGCCGAGGUUUACGGGGCGGGAUGCCACAAUUUGUAAAAGUGUUGACGUGGAAAAUGUGGUGCAUGGAUUUGGCGGAUUGGACAGGAGGCGACUGCUCAGUUGCCAUUAUCCCUACAGGAAACAUAUAUCAAAUUUUUCCUAAACGGACGGGCCUUAUGUUAGCAAGACCCACAGUAACAAACCGUGUUUGCGAGUGUAAAUACACAUGUUUGUCGACGCUGAGAUGUACUCUCAAAGGUAUUUUCUUGUUACCAGAAGCCUGAGCAAAGGAUCGUGAUAUCAAGUUGCACAUGGGGAAAAGUAGGAGUCCGUCUUUGCAAACUCAGAAACAUGCAGUUUAAACCAUGUAAGUGCAUUAUAGAUAUUUGUAGCGAUAUAAUUGUUUUAAGUAUUUCAAAUGCAAAUAUAAUUAUUUUGAAUAAAAGCUUCUAUGUAUCGCGGAGAUGUCUGCAUCCAGUAUUGAUGAUCUUCCUAACAGACCAUACAGAUUUUCUGAUAUUUAUACAUCUUGUCUUAAGAAGUGGUAUAUCAAUACAUUUUCUAGAUAAUGUAUUGAUGCAUCAUUUUAGGCUGGUGGUUCAUAAUGCAAUGUUUUUGCCUUUUUCUGAAGAGACAAAUGGUGAUAGAUUUAAACAAAGACACACAGAAAUCGAGACAGAGCUAUAUUAUAAAGGUAAUUUAUAACACAUACAUGCCUUAAUCAAACAGACUAUUAACAAAAUUCAUCCAUAUGAAAUAAUUAACCGAUAGCACAUCAAUAUAUUUGUAUACGAAAAUAAAUAAAUAAAAGUCUGACAUUAUUUGGCUCUCAGCACAUGAGAUAAUGUAUCUGAAGGGCUGACUCAAAGUGGAUCGAUCAGCAUCUCUGGUCCUUCUAAUCAAAGCUUUGUGAACAUAAUUAAUACAGGGACCCCAACCCAGGCCCUAUGUCCCCUACACGGA